AGCCGAAGAUGUCGGCUCAGUCAUGUGAUCAGCUGUGUCCAAUCACAGCUGAUCACAUGGCACUGAUGAUCAGUGUGCCCUGAUGAUCAGUGUGGCCCCAGAAGUGCCCACCUGUCAGUGUCCAUCAGUACCAGCUGCCAGUGCUGAACAGUACCACGUGUCAGUGCCACAUCAAUGCCACAUAUCAGUGUCUACCAGUGCACAUCAAUGCCACAUAUCAGUGCUCAUCUGAGCUGCCUUUCAGUGUCACCCAUCAGUGCCAGUCUGUGCCACCUAUCAAUGCCAAUCAGUGCCACCUAUCAGUGCUGCCAAUCAGUGCCACCUAUCAGUGCCAGUCAG